AGAAAUACUGUUACGUACAAAGAGAGGAGAGAGAGAGAGCAGAUUUUAGUGAGAGAAAACCGUUUCUAAGCUCAAAGAGCAUUGAGUUUCGAAGAUAGCAGAGAGAAGCAGCUUUAGAUCUGCGUUUCGCUGAUUUCUCUCGUUUUUAGUUGCAGUUUUUUCAGUUUCGGCAUUAACAAGUGAGGAUUACAGUGAGUUUCAUUCAGCAUUGAUCCGCGGAGUCAAUUGAUUGGCCACUUUAAUUUUGUCCAGUGACUCAAGCGCGUUUCGAUUUUGUUUUGGCUUUUUUCUUAGCUCGGAAUACGAAUUGGAGUUCGGAUUGCAUUGAUGGUGUUUUGAGUGGAUGGUGAUUCUGCGGCGGCGGUCGCCGGAGCUCAGGUGAGCUUCUGGCGGAGCUCCGGCGGGUUCGUGAAGAGUGAGAUCAGAAGGUAAUGCUGUGUUGAGGGUGAAGUAGGGCAAAAUGUUCAAGUCGGCGAGGUGGAGGAGCGAGAAGAACAAGGUCAAAGUAGUGUUUAAGUUGCAGUUUCAUGCAGCUAAGGUGCCACAAAUUGGAGGGGAUGAUGCAUUGAUGAUAUCUGUUGUUCCUGCGGAUGUUGGGAAGCCCACAGUUAAAUCGGAUAAGGAGUCAGUUCGAGAUGGGAGUUGUUUCUGGGAGAAUCCAGUAUACGAGACUGUGAAGUUCAAUCGAGAGCCAAAAACAGGGAAGAUUCAGGAGAGGAUAUACUACUUUGUUGUAGGGACGGGGUCGUCUAAAGGUGGAGUUCUUGGAGAAGCCUCAGUUGAUUUCUCAAACUAUGUGGAGUUAAACAAGGUUUCCUUGGUUGCUCUUCCCCUCAAGAACUCAAAAACCGAAGCUGUAUUGAAUUUAUCAAUUCAGAGGAUGCAUGAGUCUACUGAUGAGAGAGAGAUUGAAGAAACUGAGAGUGUGAAACUAUAUAAAGAAACCAGCCUCAAGUCACAAUUGGAAAAUGGUGACAAAGAUGGAAAUGUAAAGAGCAGUUCUGAUGACCUGCCAUUGAACAAGACUGUUUCCCCCAUUGUUGAAUUUAAUGGCAACUGCCGAGCAUCUAGUGGAUCUGAUCUCACAAUUUCAAGCUCUGAUGGCAGUUCUGGAGUUGAGAUACCAUGGCAACCUCAAAUCAAGAAUAGCAGUGUCCAUCAGGAGCCUGCUGCAGUUCUACCAUCUUCUAAGCCGAACUCCGAUGCUAUGCCUGCAGUGUGUGAAGAGCAUCAAAGGUCACAGUGGGAUUGGUUAGGUAGUUCUGCCCUUGAAGUUAGUACAGACGACUCGUCUGACACUCCAAGAGAUACCUUCCUGAGGCAGAAUUCAGACGGGUCCUCGGAUGUUGUGAUAGAGAAGCUCAAAUCCGAAGUAGCUGCUUUAUCUAGACAAGCAGAGAUGUCUGAGUUAGAACUUCAGACUCUUCGGAAGCAGAUUGUGAAGGAGAGCAAAAGGGGGCAAGAUCUUUUCAGAGAGCUUGCUUGCGUGAGAGAGGAAAGAGAUGCUCUGAAGGGAGAAUGUGGUAUACUCAAAGCUUCAAAGAGUCGAGACGAAGGAAAAAAUCGAACUAAUUCGCGAGUUGAGGGAAGGGAGGGUUAUGCUAUGGUUGAAGAACUGAGACAAGAGCUGAAUCAUGCUAAAGAACUAAAUGCCAAUCUCAGAGUUCAACUUCAGAAGACGCAGGAAUCAAACUCUGAACUAUUGCUUGCAGUGAAGGACCUUGACGAGAUGUUGGAGCAGAAAGAAAGAGAGAUUUUGAACCUCUCAAAUGGAUCAUCAACUAAAGACAUGGAAGAAAAAUCUCACGAAGCAGGCGACAAACGUCGAUUAGACACUGACAAUGAAGAUGAAGAACAGAAAGCUCUCGAGGAGCUCGUUAAGGAGCAUGAUGAUACCAAGGAAGCAUAUCUUCUAGAACAACAGAUCAUGGACAUGCGUACUGAAAUAGAAAUCUACAAGCGAGACAAAGAUGAGCUUGAGAUGCAAAUGGAGCAGCUUGCUCUUGAUUAUGAAAUCAUGAAGCAAGAGAAUCAUGAAAUGUCAUAUAAGCUAGAGCAGAGCGAGCUUCAGGAGCAGCUGAAAAUGCAGUAUGAAUGUUCGUCAACGUAUGCUACUACUCAUGAACUUGAAAUGCAGAUAGAAAACCUUGAGAAUGAACUCAAAAGGCAAUCAAAAGAGUCAGCGGAUGCAUUUUCCAAAAUUAGUGAAUUAGAAGCUCAUGUCACGAGCUUGGAGGAAGACAUUGAAAACCAAGCACAAGGAUUCGAAGCUGAUCUGGAAUCUCUUAUGAGCUCGAAAGUGGAGCAGGAGCAGAGAGCUAUAAGAGCUGAAGAAACAUUGAGAAAAACCAGGUCACAAAAUGCUAGCACAGCAAAGAGGAUUCAGGAGGAAUUUAGAAGGCUUUCUGUGCAGCUGGCGACUACGUUUGAAGCCAAUGAGAAACUGGCCGCCAAAUCUCUAGCAGAAGGGAACGAGCUUCGUCUACAAAAAUUCCAUUUAGAAGAAGCCAUCAAGAAAGCUUCUGCAGAACAUCAAUCAGUCAAGACUAGUUAUGAGGAUAGUUUGAGUCAGCUUGCCAGUCAGGUGAAAUCCAUGGCUAAUCAAACAGAAAAGAUGCAGUCAGACAUUGAUGAAAAAACAUUGCAGCUUGAGUAUCAGAAAAAACAGACCGAAGAAACCCAAGGGCUCCUCAAAGACGAAGUUUUAAAGCGCAAGGAUGAGAUUGAGACAUGCAGGGCAGUGAAUAAAACGUUGUCGGAGGACUUAAGGAGUAAGGAGAUACAGUUGCAUGAGUUGGAACAAAUGAGGAACUCCGUUAAGGAAAUGGAGUCACUUGUGGAGCAAGGGAAUGAAGAAAGAACUGUGCUAGAAAACAGGAUUACAUCGCUGGAAAAUGAUGCUAAGAACUCAGAGCAGGAAUUGAAUAAAAUGAGAUGUCUUCUGGAAGAAAAAGAAUCGAUUGUUUGGAAUUUGCAGGCAGAGCUAGAUUCCCUUCACUCACAGUACGAUGAAAUAAAGCAUUCUCUAUCGGAGCAUGAGUUGGAAAAUGGGGAGUUGAGGGAAAAAGUUUCUCAAUUAAAAGAAGACUUGAAGAAGAAUGAAGAUGCCCUCAGAAGCAUGGAGAAGAAGCUGAAGGAUGUAAUCAAAGAAACUUCGAAAACUAUCAUGCCUGUUCUUCGUGGCUCCAAAGAAGUCGCAGAUCUUAAGGAGAGAAUUAAGCUACUUGAGGGUCAGAUCAAGUUAAGGGAAAGUACUCUGGAUAUAUCAAGUAAUGCAUUUCUUGAGAGGGAAAAGGAUCUUCAUUACAAAAUCGAAGAGUUAGAACGUAGAAUGGAAGUGCUCAAACAAACCACCAUUCAAUAUGAAAAUGCACUUGAAAAGAUUUCUGAUGCUAGAUCCGUUGAGGAAGUAACAAAUGGUGAUGAAGAUUCAUCCAAUCUUAACCGCCACAACGACAGUCUAGCAGACGCACAAGAAUGUUCUAGGCAUCAUGACGAAUCAACGAAUGAAAUGGAACUACUGAAGGAGAGGAACACAUUGAUGGAGGCGGAACUGAAGGACAUGCAGGAGAGAUAUUCAGAAAUAAGUCUCAAGUUUGCAGAAGUUGAAGGCGAACGACAACAACUCGUGAUGAAAGUACGCAACCUCAAGAACAGGAAGAACCAUCGUAGCGCUGCCUAAACCUGUUCGGCUCAGUAUGUAGGUAUGUUAACCGGCGCUUGGGUGGACUCAUAUUGACCGAUUUUGCAGAGUAUUUCAAGAAUAAAUUUUUUGUAAAUUAUAUAUAAAUGUGGUUGUUUCUUCAUUUCAUUGUGUGAUACAAAAUCUUCAAGGGGUCAUUUCAUCAUUGCAGGAGUCUUCCCCAUUAGCUGAUUCUUUUUCUCUUUUUUUUUUAAAAAAAUAUCUGUAAUAUACUUUGCUUUGUGAGCAUUUGCAGAGACUGGUGAAGUAAGUAUUUAUUUAUGAAUAUAUCACGUAAAUUGUUAACAUAAUUAGAUGAA